GAAUGAUCUAAUCGUGUGAAUUAAGGGUUAAUUUCUAAUUCGAUUUAGAUUAAAGUGGACACAUUUAGGCUCCUUAGGCGCAUUUGGCAAGAUGUAACAUUUGCAAAUUUAACAAGUAUAGUGCAAAUAUUUAAUAAGCUUCGAGGAGCCGUAGAUCGGGGGAACCGGGGGCUAAGAUGAUGAGAGAGACUGAGGGAAGGAGAGGGAGGCAGCUUCCAGUUGACCGGCUCCGAAUUCUUGCGGAUCAGCGGCAACCCUAGUGAUCUCGUUAACGUCAGCGGAGGCGCGCGUCGCGGUGUCCGGCUCGCCAUCCCUGAAUCCUCCUCUUCGUCACCUUCGCGCCGCGCAUCUCCCUGAGACCGGCAAUCGCGUUCGCAGCUCGGUCUCUCUCGGCUACGAUCGAUGAGCGCGCGAUGUCGGCGUACGACAAGUUUUACUGGUUCGCGAUGUAACGCCUCGGGCGAUAUGCUUUUUACAGUACGCGCGACGCGUUUUGUAGAGAGGUGGUAGCUGGGGAGAUCUCUUUCCCUUGCUCACGGUUGAUCUCUCUUCCCCUCCUCGCAUCAUUGGCCCCGUCGUCCUUUCUCUCCGCUUUGUUGCACCUGCGGAGAACGUCGAUGCCGAGGCGCGAGAUCGACGAAGAGGGAGAACGGAACGGGAACGCGGCGCGGAACGGGAACCGAACGCGUACCGCGAGUAGAAGGAGGAGCUGAAGGAGAGAACCCAGUGGUGGAGGUGGAGGAAGAAGAAGAGAAGGAGGCGGCGGGCAAGGCGGGAGGAGGAGGAGAACGGAACACGAGAGAUCGGCAGCACAGUUUCGUGUUCAGCUUAGCUCGGUUCGGCUCUCUCAGUUUUAUAGUAUCGAAAACCAUCAAGUACUCGAAAAGGUCUCGUACGCAUUCCCUUCGAACGGUUCCGCGCACUCACCAGACAGAGAGUCCGGAGGUUGCGAUUUCUCUCCUUCUUUCUCCGUCAGCUCGCGAGAGACGCGAGAUUCUUAGUCGCCCGAGCGGCGACUAGAAUACCUGUUGCUCUGCGUGCUCACGCGAGGAGACCGGCGACGUUGGUGCGCAGUUCGCGGGCGAAACAGCGACAACGAAGGUGACGUGUACGCCGAGGAAUCAUGAGGACGAUAUGGCGGCUUUCCGCAAUAAUGCUUUUGUUAAUAAUGCAUUCUGCUCUACUCAGUGCUCAUCGUGAACACAAGGUCCACAAUAUCGUGCUGUAUCCUGAUAAGCACAGUUGGUGCAAGACGACGCCUAUAAAACAGGUAGUGACAUGGCCUCAGUGUUCUUCGCAGGAAUUGGACAAUAACGUUUGCGUCGGUGCUUGUUUCUCAUAUAUGGUCCCUCACAGUGAACCCUCCGCACCUGGAGAUCUCAUAAGACCUUAUUGCGAUUCCUGUCAACCUCUCGAUAGUGUUUGGCAUACUGUUACAUUAGAUUGCAAAGACGAACAAAAUAAUCCAGUGACUAUGCAAAAGAAGGUGCAGAUUAUCACAAACUGUUCCUGCAGUUCCUGCAUGGAGACUUCAAAGAUCAAGCCGGACUAUAACACCUUACUGCAGUCCUUAACAGAGGAGAAUUUGGACAAGAAUGUAAAUGUAGCACACGAGACGCCCGAUUUAUUGUUGGAUCCGAACUUAAAUGCCUCGAAGAAUACAACAAGAGAAUUUAACGGAACGCAAAUCAAUGAGCGGUUUCAUCAACUCGUCAAGAAAUUGAAGGAGUCGCAAAAACUGGACGAAUCACAUAAGGAAUUGUUCUCUAAAUAUGAAGAAGAGGAAAACUUGGAACUCGACUUGGAAAAAUUGAAGGAAAAGAUUAAGAAGUAUACUCAAGAAAAUAAGGAAGGCCAGCAUGAACAUCAUCAUCAGCAUCAGCACGAGCAUCAGCACCAAAAUCAACAGCAACAACAACAGCAUCUUCAUCACGGACCACAUCAUUCUUUGGUGCUGGACUCGGACGUGAAGGAAAAGAUCGACGUGGAACCACAUUACUUGCAUCCCGCUGUGGCUGGACAAGAGAUCAGUUACCACGAUAACAUUCUGAUGGAUAAGGAGAAGAAGAAGAACUUCUAG